UCUCGGCUGCUCACUGAUCCGCCCCCUGCUCCAACAGGAAGAGGUGUCUGGUCGUCUGCAGCCGUUCCAGCUGCUUGGAGGGGAACCUGCUGUGUUGGGGAUGUGUGUCUGUAAUGACGAGGAAGUGGCUGUGUUCAGUUGGGGCUGGACUGACCUCUCCACCUACUCGUCCUCCGCGUCAGACUCUGAGAAAGAGCAGCUCACAGUUAUGUCGCGUCUCAGCCUGCGUCUUGAUGACAGUUUGUUGGAUCGCAGUCUUCCGCACAGCAGCGCCUCCUUCAGCAUCGGAGGAGGAGGUGGCAUCUGGAGGAACAGCAGGUCUCUGAAGUCCCGUCGUUCUCAGCAGCACUCGGUCUCCUGCUCGGAGUCGCUCCUUGUCCACACGCCUCAUAAACUCUCUGGCCCGUUGGUCCACAACAGCAGCGUCCACAGCGUGGCCUCGGAUGCCUCCCUGCUGUCCUCCCUGCUGGAUGAGUCGUCCAUCCAGGACAGCACGCUGGUCGACACGCUCUGGGGUUUGGACCAUGACAAUGAUCCCAAAGAAAGUACAAUCAUCGCGGAGCAAAGCACCGUUGUGGCUGACACCACUCUGACACCUUCAGGCGGACCCAACCACCCCAUCCAGACUCUCAGCAGGGUUUACUGUAAGAACUACGAGCCCGCUGCUGUGUACAACACUACCUCAAAACACAUCUUUUCCUCCACCUCGCUGCCACGACCCUCGGAACACGAAGAACAUGAACCUUCCACGAUCUACUGCAGAGACCGGAACCGCAGGAGCAGGACAGCAGGUUUCCUGAUGUCUGGGUGGAGUUCAGCUCUAGCUGUGAGCAGGAGGGCAGCAGCCGGCGUGUUCUCUCUGCUUUAUCAACUGCUGCUGAAACACUGGGACAUCUCAGCUCGAUGCAAUGUCACAGGCCUGAUUGAAUCCUCCACCAACUGUCUGCGCCCCAGCAGUUUCCAGCUUAAACUGCUUUCGCCACCUGGUGACAACUGUAGGGAGCAGCACACAGCGAUGGAGGCGGUCCGUUCGUCCUCCUGGUUUCCUUUGACUUCCUCUGUGUUGGGAAUGCUGUGGAAACUUUCUGUUUUUACAGCUUCACAGCUCUUAGAGCUGACUUGGAGCUCGGCGUCCGCCGUGUGGCCUCUGACCAAGACAGUAGUUUCUGCUUCAUGGCGCAUCGGAUGCUCUGCAGCAGGUGAGGCCUUCAGGCGUCUGAGCAAACGGUGGCCUUCCAGCACCAGCCUCCUCUGGACUCGGUCCUUUCUUCCCCUGGUUCUCGUCUCUCUCCUGGUUUUCCUUCUCGGUUUAUGUUGGUUUGGUCCAGUUGGACUACAGUCGGUCUUUCCAGCAGUUGACACCACACAGUGGAGGAUUGUAUCCUCUGUCCACAGCUCCUUCUCCUCCUCCCCUGAGAGCCCAUCAGCAGAGAGCGCUCUGGAGUCCAGGGAGCUGCAGACUCACCAGGAGUUUCACAGUUCAUUUCCACGGGACCAGGACACAUUGGCAGCAGAGGACCAGUCGACUCGACUCGUUCAUCUGGAGCAGAGUCUGGCGACGCUGUGGCAGCAUGUGGAGGCUGGAGUGCAGCGGGCAGCGCAGAAAGACAAGGAGAUGCUGCAGCUUUAUGCUGACCUCCAGCAGCAGCUCACAUCUGCUCCGGGCGACGGCGAGGCCAUGAAGUCCUGGCUCAGCGUCCUGCUGGACCACCAGCUGGACCAGAUCCGAACACAGCUGGACGCAGAGGGAAAGCAGAGGGAGCAGACUCGGCAGCAGGACCUACAGCAGCAGCAGAGUCAAGCCUCUCGUCUGGAUCAUCUGGAGCUGCAGCUGCAGAGGCUGGCUGCCAGAACCGAAGUGGGCCAGAAGAUGCAGCAGAGUCAAGAAGCUGCUGCGAACGUACCGUCUUCAAGUCUUCCAGCUGCUGUCGGUGACCAUCAGUCCCAUGAUGCUUUGCUGGCGGAGGUUGCCAGGUUGGAGGAGUCUGUAGAAGGCAUAAGGCAGGAUGUGAUGGCUUUGUCUGUGGUUCAGAACAGUUGUCAGCAGCUGGACAGAAUCCAGCAGAUGAUUUCCACUCAGGUCCGUGAAGAGGUCCGGGCUCUAGUCUACGGGAACCAGCUGAGCGUGGGAGAUGGGCCCUCUGGGGACAGGGCGGGAAUCCCAGAGUCUCUGCUCCAGUGGCUGUCACAGCAGUUCGUCAGCGUUCGUUCGCUGGCCGCCCUGGAGCGAACUCUCCUGCAGAACAUGAGUCAGCAGCUGGAGCAGCGGUUCAGCGAGGACACGGUCAGACACGUUGACCUGGACGCUGCCGGGGCCUCUGUGACCCAGGAGGAUGUCCACGCUAUUGUGAGCAAUGCUCUGCGACUGUUUUCGCAGGACCGGACCGGUAUGGCCGACUACGCGCUGGAGUCUGCAGGGGGCAGCAUCUUGAGCACUCGCUGCUCAGAGACCUACCAGACGAAGGCAGCUCUGCUCAGUCUGUUCGGACUUCCCCUCUGGUACUUCUCCCAGUCUCCCCGAGCCGUCAUCCAGCCAGAGGUCCAUCCAGGAAACUGCUGGGCCUUCAGAGGUUCCUCAGGCUUCCUAGUGAUCCGCCUCUCCAUGAGGAUCCUGCCCUCCGCCUUCUCCCUGGAGCACAUCCCCAAAGCCCUGACGCCGAGCGGCAGCCUGCUGAGUGCCCCCAGAGACUUCCGCGUCUAUGGUCUGGACGAUGAGAACCAGGAGACGGGGAAGCUACUGGGCACCUACACCUACGACAAGGAGGGGGAGGCUCUGCAGACCUACGCUGUCAUUGAGAACGACCGAGCCUUCCAGAUCAUGGAGGUCCGGGUGUUGUCCAACUGGGGCCACAAGGAGUACACAUGCAUGUACCGCUUCCGAGUGCACGGGACACCCAGCGAUGCCUGAGUCGCUCAGUCACUGCAGUACCGUGUCAUAGACUGGACCCGCCCACAGGCAGGUCCAUGUCGUGGGUUUCCUGUGGAAAACAUGUGUAAAUCUGUCCAUAGUUGUUUUUAUACUUGUUUUAAGUUUAAUUAUUUGUUUUAAAACCUUUACGCCUAUAAUAAAUAUAAAAAUGUU